UGAAAGCUAAUUGACGCGUGGCAGUGAAAUGAUAUAAGUGGCAUGCAAUGAACACGUAUAUAAAUAUGAAACAAUGGGGUCUACGAAAUAUAGAUGAAAAGUGAGCCGUUAUUGCUUCUUUGUUUUUUUUUUUUUUUUUUUUUUUUUUUUUUUUUUUUUUUUUUUUUGGGAAAGUAAGUUUCAAUUUCAAACUUUCCCAAAAAAAAAAAAAAAAUCUCAGGUAUUUCCUGAGAAUUUAUUAGUUCCCUUUAGGUAUUUCCAUUUUAAAUAGUUCUUCUAUGUCAUAUUAUAAACUUAUACUGUAACAAAAUACAACUUCAUACCCCUUAACAAAGCCAUUUUACACAAUCAGUUGGUUAAAUUUUAAGACGUUCAAAUCAGAAAGAAGUAAUUGACCGUCGUUCACAUGGACCAAACCAAAAAUCUGGCCAAGGCAAUGAUGAAGAACGCCAACAAUCCCACACUAGCAUGGCAACUCUUCAAAAGAGUGAUCGUCUCCUCUUCCACUUCGUCCGACCAACAACUCCUUCAGUCAGUUCCUCUCAUUACCCGCAUCCUUGUUCGCGCCAAAAUGUUCCCGGAGAUCGAUAACCUCCACCAACACCUCCUCUCACAACCACUCCUUGAAACUUCCCACAAUUCUCUUGUGGACAUUGUUCGAAUCUUGGCAAAGUAUGGUCAUAUGGAUAAGGCCAUCUAUCAAUUUCAAACCCUCCGAGCCCAAUUUCCCUCUAAACCCCCCUCUGUAUCAGUAUACAAUUUGCUUAUUGAGUCCUCUCUUCGAGAAAACUGCGUGGAUUCUGUGUCCUGGUUGUAUAAAGACAUGAUCGUUGCCGGGGUUUCCCCCGAAACUUAUACUUUCAAUCUUCUGAUUGGUGGGCUUUGUGAUUCCGGUCAUUUGGAAGAUGCCCAGAAAUUGUUUGAUAAAAUGUGUGAUAAAGGUUGUCAGCCUAAUGAGUUCAGUUUUGGGAUUUUGGUUCGUGGGUAUUGCCGAGCUGGGCUCACUACCCAAGGUUUACAGCUUCUGAAUGUGAUGAAGAGCAUGGGGGUUGUCACUAAUAAGGUGAUAUACAAUACUUUUAUUUCGAGUUUCUGUAUGGAAGGUAAGACUGAUGAAGCUGAGAAAUUGGUGGAGAGGAUGAGAGGGGAUGGCCUGUUUCCAGAUGUCGUUACUUUUAAUUCUAGGAUUUCGGCGCUUUGCAAUGCAGGAAAAAUUCUUGAAGCUUCUAGAAUUUUCAGAGAUAUGCAGAUAGAUAAGGAGCUGGGAUUGCCUCAGCACAAUAUUAUAACACUAAAUCUAAUGUUGGAGGGUUUUAGCAAGGAAGGGAUGUUGGAGGAAGCUAAGACCCUGGUCGAGUCUAUGAAAAUAAAUGGAGUUUUCACAAAAGUGGAGAGUUAUAAUAUAUGGCUGUCGGGUCUGGUGAGGAAUGGGAAGCUGCUGGAGGCUCAAUCAGUUCUUAAAGAGAUGGUAGAUAAUGGCAUAGAACCAAAUAUUUAUUCGUAUAACAUUGUUAUGGAUGGGCUGAGCAAGAAUGGGAUGCUCUCUGAUGCAAGGAUGGUCAUAGGUUUAAUGACAAGUAGCGGAAUAUCCCCCGAUACGGUAACUUAUACCAUUCUACUUCAUGGGUACUGCAGAAAGGGGAAGGUUGUUGAAGCCAAUAAUGUUCUACAUGAAAUGAUGGAAAAUGGUUGUUGCCCAAACACUUAUACGUGCAACAUCUUGCUGCACAGCCUGUGGGAAGAGGGGAAAAUAUCAGAAGCAGAGAAGCUGCUAGAAAAGAUGAAUGAGAGAGGUUACGAUUUUGAUACAGUGACCUGUAAUAUUGUGGUUGAUGGUCUCUGUAAAAGCGGAAAGGUGGACAAAGCAGUUGAAAUUGUGGGUGAAAUGUGGACUCAUGGUAGUGCUGCUCUUGGCAACAUAGGCAAUUCGUAUAUUGGCCUAGUAGCUGAUGGCAAUAAUGGAAAGAAAUGUUUGCCUGACUUGGUCACGUAUUCAACCAUAAUUAAUGGGUUAUGCAGAGCUGGGAGGCUUGAUGAAGCUAAACGGAAGUUCAUUGAGAUGAUGGGGAAGAACUUAUACCCUGAUUCAACUAUUUAUGAUACUUUUAUACAUAGUUACUGUAAAAAUGGAAAGUUAUCAUCAGCAUUUCGGGUUCUUAAAGACAUGGAGAAAAAGGGUUGUAACAAGAGCAUACAAACAUAUAACUCUCUGAUUCUUGGGUUAGGUAAUAAAAAUCAAAUAUUUGAAAUGUAUGGACUGAUGGAUGAGAUGAGAGAAAGAGGAAUUUCUCCUAGUGUUUUUACUUUUAAUACUAUGAUUAGCUGUCUAUGUGAAGGAGGGAGAACCAAAGAUGCCACUUCUCUUCUAGAUGAUAUGAUGCAAAAAGGCAUAACCCCUAAUAUUUCUUCAUUUGGGAUAUUAAUGAAAGCCUUUUGCAAGACAGGUGAGUUUGGAGCAGCACAAGAGGUAUUUGAUAUUGCAGUGAGUAUUUGCGGUCACAAGGAAGCACUUUAUAGUUUAAUGUUCAACGAGUUACUUGCUGGAGGGGAAGUAUCAGAAGCUAAAAAACUAUUUGAAGCUGCAUUAGAUAGAUGUUUCCAUAUAGGUAAGUUCCUGUACAAUAGUCUCAUUGAGAAACUCUGUAAGGAUGAGAAUCUAGAAGGUGCUAGUGAUGUCCUCAACAAGAUGAUCCAUAAAGGUUAUGAAUUUGAUCCUGCAUUGUUCAUGCCAGUGAUUGAUGGCCUAGGUAAAAGGGGAAAUAAGCAUGAGGCUGAUGAACUCGCAGAAAGGAUGCUGGAAGUGGCUUCAGAGGGCAAGGUAGCUAACAAGGCUUCUCGAAAUAAGAGGGAGCUAAAUCAUGGGAGAGCAAAUAAAUAUGAUGGAAGUGACUGGAAGAACAUUGUGCACAGAGAUGAUGGCAGUGGUAUAGCAAUUAAAGCUCUUAAGCGGGUACAAAAAGGCUGGGGUCAAGGAAGUAUAUUGAAUGUGCAACCGCAGAAAACUGAUUUUCUUGAUUACUGGGAUGGUACUGGCUAAUCUCUUAAUUCCUUGAGGCUGAUUUUCAAGUUUUGCUAUAUGUUGGAGGGAUAGCUGACUGCUUGAGUUAAAAUAUACUCAUCUGAACUGAAUAAAGCCUUGUCCCAACAACUUGGGGUCAGGGUAUUUGGAGGGUGACUCACAAUCAGAUUAGAGAGAGAGAAAGAGAAAGCACUCAGUGCCUUGUGAAUGGGUGAAAGCAAAGGCAAAUACCAAAGGACCGGCAAAGGACUGACAGGCAGCAGUAUUACAGGCACAAAAAAGGGACAUGUAGACCAGUGUGCGUGUAUGAUUAUUUCAAGUACAUAGCCAUCAUUAAGAGGGGAGAUUUUGAAAUCACAUUUACCAAGGUAGGUUGAAAGUUAUGUACUCCAUCUUUUGGGUCAAAAUGAAGAUGGUAUUAAUUGUUACCAUGGUGAAAUUCUCAAUGGCCUUGGAAUCAGGCAUGCAAUUGCCCACUGUCCUAUUUGAAAUAAGCAUAAAAUCUUGUGGAGCGUUUUACUGUGUAUAUAGCCCUCGCAUGGGAAAGAUUUAAGAGCCUGAUUUACAGAGAAGCCAAGAUCAGAAAUUUAAGAAUCUCUUUCCAGCUUUCUCAUGUCAGUGUGCCUUGCUGGUCUUCAACUGGCUUAUGACAUAUUGGUACCAUGAGGCAUACUAAAAAGGUAUUUAGACAGCCCUUAUUACACUCCUUAACUAUCCAUCCACAUCAGAGCUCUUGUGGAACACAACAUCCAAAUUAUCAUUCUAUGCAAUCUCAAAAACCAUCGACUAAUGACUACACAAGAAGGCUAGCUCUACCCUGCAACAGCCUAGCCCACCUCAACAUCCUCGUCAUGGUGAUGGAGAUUCACUGAGGAAGCAAAAGAGUCGUGGGGCCUCAAUAUAUCGGGCUUGCAAGAGGGAAAAUAUAUUAGAGUUUCCUUCAAUGGGGUCUGCCAGCCCGUCGGGAAACAGGCCGAGCCGAAUUGGCACUGAAGCACGGAAAGGUGACUUGUUGCCGCCACUCACUUGGAGCAAAAUAGCGGAUACUUAUUUGGAGGUCGUUUGGGAAAUAGUUUUGGUUUCACAAUCAAACCAUUUUUCUAUUUGCAAAUGAUAAAUAUUAAUGUUAACAUUAAUAAUGCUUGAUCAAAGGACCUUUAAAAUCUUGAGAGAGAGACUUCACUCCGUUAGCAGUGGUGCAAAUAAUUUUUUUUUAUUAUUUAUUUAUUUUUAUAUUUUUUUGAGAAGCAAGCAUAAGAUACUUUGAACCUAUAUCAUCAUUUUGAAAUCCUUCCAUCCAAAUGAAGCCCAAUAGAAUGUACGAGUUAGUUUCACUACUAGUCUCCUAGUAAAAAAGCAUAAGAUACUUUGAACCUAUAUCAUCAUUUUGAAAUCCUUCCAUCCAAAUGAAGCCCAAUAGAAU